AUGUCAUGGGACGAGAUAAUAAAUCGAUUGGAAAUUAGAGAUGCUGAAAAAGAAGAUAGUAAAUAUUUUAAUGCUUUUCAUCAACUACAAAAAUUAAUCAAUAAUAAAGAUAGACAACAAGACAAGGAGAAAGAAAGUAUAGAGUCAAGUUCACAUAUAGAGAUAGGUCACCUAAAAGAAGAGAAUGCAGAUUUAAUAACGAAUCUAAAUAACCAAACAUUAAUCAAUGAAAAACUAGAAAAUAUAAUUAAACAACACGAGAAGAGGAUAAAUCAACUAGAGAAAGAUAAUGAAAAACUACUAAACAAGAUAGAUAAUUUGAAUUUAGAAAUCAAAGAAAAGAAUAAAACUAUUGAAUUGAUAAAUGAUGAAGUAUUAACUAGUAAUAUUCAAAUAACAGUGCUACAAAAACAAUUGAAAGAAAAAAUAUAA